AUGGAGAGAGAAGGAAACGAUUGUGAUGUGGGGGACAUGUCUCUCACAGUUUCACCUUUUGACGGUGAAGCUCCCGUUUUGAGCUCCACCUUUUUGUUGGAUCACGUUGGGGAGGUCAACCUCACCUUCCACUCAGAUGAGUUGUCUUGGAAAAUGGUGGAACCGUUGGAUAAUAGCUUGAAUGAGGAGCCAAAUUUGUGGGAACCACUAAGGGAGUCAUUUCAUCAGUUCACGGAUAAAACUAGGAGGGGCGAAGUGCAACAUCCAAAAUUUGUUUUGAGAACAAUAAAUCGGGGGAUAUGUUUCCAAUUUCUAUUGAAUAAGUACAACGCAGUAUGGGGUGCCUGCAGGCCCAGAUGUCCAUGGCCCACUAGAGUUACCUUAGAAGAUUCAGAGAGAGUGCCAGUAAGUAGUAUUGCUGAGGAGUUGACUAUAGAGGAUGGAGAAGGAGAGAUGUAUGCUGUUGUGUUGUUACAUGAUAGCAACAAAAUUUUGGAAAGUGCAAAGGUUGGGGUUGAAUUGAGACAAAUGGGUCAGCCAAAUAUAAAGGUGGACAAAACUGGUAUUUAUAGAGUGGCUGAAAGGAAUUUUGUGGUGCAUGAGACCCCGAUAGUGAAGCUUGAACAAAUGAUCAAACUUUCUGAGAUAUAUGCUGUUGAGUUAAACGGUCAUGGUUCAAUUUACAUAUCAAAUCUCCCUCCUGCUACUGAAUGUCUACUUUUAGGUCAAGACAUACAGAUGUACCGCUUUACUGUGCAUGGUUUUAUAAGGAGCAAGAAUCAACCUUCGCAGUGUAUCCUGGCUGAUUAUACUUUUGGUCAUAAAAAUUUGCAAUUGUGUCGGAUGUGGGUAAAUCAACUUAAUGCUUCUUUGAAACAUGAAGUUGGAAGACCAAAGAAUCUUUUGGUUUUUGUUCAUCCAAGGAGCGGUAAAGGUAAUGGCUGUAGAACCUGGGAAGCUGUUGCUCCUAUAUUUUCUCGCGCUAAAGUAAAAACAAAGGUGAUUGUGACAGAGAGAGCAGGAGAGGCAUUUGAUGUGAUGUCUUGUAUAACAAAUAUGGAGCUUAACUCAUAUGAUGGAUCGGAUUGGACUCUUCGAAAGUGGGGAGAGGGUGGUGAUGGAUUUUUCAAUGAAAUCCUUAAUGGGUUUCUUUCCCCCAGGUUUAAAGCUCCCUACCCACCAACUCCUUCAGAUUUUGUUCAUAUUGUUAAAGAUAAUGGUGAUUCCUUGGUUCAUGACGAAGAUGAAAUAGCUGAGACUUCAAGUCAAAAUGAAGACCAGUUUCCUCUGAUUUCAAGUCCAAAGCAAUCUGGAUCUAGAAUCUCAAAUUUGAAUUCCGAAGAUAAGGCUGCUGAAUUUCCUGUUCCCAAUGAAUGGUUUAGAUUUGGGAUUAUUCCUGCAGGUUCAACUGAUGCCAUUGUAAUCUGUACAACUGGAGUCCGAGAUCCUAUUACUUCUGCAUUGCAUAUUGUCCUUGGUAAGAGGGUGCACCUUGACAUCGCUCAAGUUGUAGGGUGGAAAACGACACCUAGAUCUGAGGUCGAACCUAACAUUCGCUAUGCAGCUUCCUUUUCAGGGUAUGGAUUUUAUGGUGAUGUCAUCACAGAGAGUGAGAAAUAUCGUUGGAUGGGUCCCAAACGUUAUGAUUAUGCGGGAACAAUGUUAUUUUUAAAGCACAGGUCAUAUGAGGCAGAAAUAGCAUACCUAGAUGUUGAAUCAGAUGAAAUCAAUUUUACUUCCAAAAGAGAUCAUCAGGGUAAUUUGAUAAGGGAAAUAAGGUCUCCACACAUAUCAGAAAGACGUAUCUGCAGAACUAAUUGCAAAGUUUGUAAUGAAAAGCCAAAUCAUUCAUCUGUUGGAGUUUGCAGCCUCACACCUCAUUUGAAUUCAGAAGAAACAAGAUGGGCAAGAUCCAAGGGACACUUUCUUAGUGUAGGAGCUGCUGUAAUCUCUUGCAGAAAUGAAAAAGCACCGGAUGGAUUUGUGGCUGAUGCACACCUCUCAGAUGGUUUCCUUCAUCUUAUAUUGAUUAGAGACUGUCCUCAUGCAUCUUAUUUAUGGCAUCUGACUCAACUUACAAGAAGAGGGGGGAGCCCCUUGAAUUUUAAGUUUGUGGAACAUCAUAAGACCCCUGCAUUUACUUUUACCUCUUCCGGCAACGAGAGUGUAUGGAAUGUGGAUGGAGAGAUUUUUCAGGCACACCAACUUUCAGCUCAAGUGUUUAGAGGUCUUGUAUCCAUGUUUGCAUCUGGCCCCGAAGUUUAA